AUGAAGUCGCACAUGGCAGCUUGGUCGCUGGGAUCUUUGCUCACGCUCCAGCGCGUUGCCGGUGAUCCGAAAAUGUUCGCCGCUCAGGAACCGCUGAAAGAUGGCAUCGACCCCCUCAUAUACAAAGCAGCAUGUCCAGACUACAAGAACUAUGCCAUGCGACCGCACCCGCCAUACAGCGACGGCCCCAGGUCGCUUCCCUUCCAGCGCCCCUUCAAGUACUGCCGCACGUUUGAGUCGCCGCUGGUGGAGAAAGUGAUUGAUGAUAUGAGCGAAAAGAUAGUCGACAAGGACCUCGCGCGCCUCUUUGAAAACGCCUUCCCAAACACCCUCGACACAACCGUACGAUGGCACGUAGACGGGACCGUCAAACCAAAGGCUUCGGCGCGGAGCUGGAACUCUGCUGCGUGGAAGGGCCCGCAGAGCUUCAUCGUCACGGGCGACAUCAACGCCGAAUGGCUCCGUGACUCGACCAACCAGCUGGCGCAGUACCAGCUGCUCGCGAAAAAGGACAAGGACAUCCACCAGCUCAUCGUCGGCGCCAUCAACACGCAGGCCGAAUACGUCAUUGGAUCGCCCUACUGCAAUGCGUUCCAGCCGCCGCCCCCAAGCGGGCUGAAGCCGACGUUCCAAGGCAACGGCGACACAGUGCAUCCGCACUACGAGGAAUCCUUCGUCUUCGAGUGCAAGUACGAGCUCGACUCGCUGGCGCACUUUCUCCGUCUCGGCAACCAGUUCUACAAGCACACGGGCUCGACGGAAUUCGUAAACGCGCGCUGGCUGCAGGCGCUCGACACGCUGCUGCGCGUGCUCGACGAGCAGUCCAAGCCGACGUUUGACCCGGAAACGGGCGCAUACCAGGGCAACGAGUACACGUGGCAGCGCAAGACGGACAGCGGCACCGAGACGCUGGGCCUCAGCGGGCUGGGGAACCCUCUGAACGGCGGCACGGGGCUGAUCCGCAGCGCCUUCCGCCCCAGCGACGACGCCACCAUCCUGGGCUUCUUGAUCCCCGCCAACGCCAUGAUGGCCACGGAGCUCGAGCGCACCGCCGCCGUGCUGCGCAAAGCCGGCAAAACCACAGUCGCCUCGACCGUCGCCAAGUGGGGCGACAAGAUCAAGGCAGGCGUCUGGGAGCACGGCGUGGUCACGCACAAGAAGUACGGCCAAGUCUUCGCCUUUGAGGUCGACGGCUACGGCUCCUCCAUCCUCAUGGACGACGCCAAUCUGCCCUCGCUGCUCGCCCUCCCGCUGCUCGGCUUCACAGACCGCGACAACACCGUGUACAAGAACACGCGCAAGAUGAUCCUCGACCGCCACGGCAACCCGUAUUACCUCGUGGGCAGCGACUUCAACGGCAUUGGCGGCCCGCACGUCGGACUGCACAAUGCGUGGCCCAUGGCCGUCCUCGUGCAGGCCAUGACGAGCGACGACGACGACGAAAUCACCACCUGUCUCGAAUCCGUCAAGAAUGUCUCGCGCAUGGGCCUGAUCCACGAGAGCGUCCACGUCGACCAUGCCACGUCGUACUCGCGCAGUUGGUUUGCAUGGGCAAACUCCGUCUUUGCACAGACCAUUCUCGAUCUCGCCCAGCGGAAGCCCCAUUUGCUGUUUGGCAAGGGCGCUGAAGCCUACACAUUGUAGAAACUUGUUCGUCAAACGAUGCGCUGGAAUAUCUGAAAAGCAUGUUGUCUUUCGUUCAAGUGAAUGAAUAUUCAUAACGACGUGGGCUUUGGAUGGAUUGCUCUGCACUUAAAGUGUGUCUGUGUGUGUGUUUGUCUUUGUGUUUGAAAAUAUGUGUGCUUGUUCUUUUUUGUGAGUACCAAGUCAUCAACUAGCUAGUUGUUCAUGUCUAAGUGUCCC